AUGCGAGAAGAGCGGGCGUCGUGCUUGCCGUGGCUCGAAUCUGCUGCUCCUGCCGUUCGGCUUCCCGGCGGUGGUGGUGUGUUGGAGCAAUUGUUGCGGUCGGCCCUUGAUUGGCUGGCCGGAAGGGGAUCACACAACGCCGGCCCGCCAUGUUAG